AUGGUGUUGGAUGGGCAGACUUCAAUGGCUGUCAAGUCAGGAAUCAUCAAAAACAGGAAAACCGGUGUCCUCAAAUGCCUGCUGGAUAUUCACAAAGUGUUCAGAGAGAACGACCCGGCCUACAUCCUGAACGACCUGUACAUCACAGACUACUGCACCUGGAUCCAGAGGGUCAAGUCCAAGAAGAUGUCAGCGUUGGCCGCCACGUUGCAAAAAGCUUCCCUGCAGAAAAAAGACUUGGAGCUGGAACUGGAGGAGCUGGAGGAGGCGGCCAAGAUGGUGGCUGAGGAAGAGUCCCACAGUGACAGCAGCAGCUCGUCCAGUGACAGCAGCAGCAGCAGCAGCAGCAGCAGUAGCAGCGACUCCUCGGAUGAGAGCGAGGAAUCUGAGGGGGAAGGAGAGGGAGGGGAGAUGUCUAAGGACAACCCUCCACAGUCCCAACACACCCCAGCUGCCUCUCCCCUCCCCCAGCAGAGCACACUUCUCUCAGCGGAGGACAAGGUGAACGCCCUCCCCUCCGCCUCAGAAGGAUCCAGACAGCUGAUCCAGGAGCUGGGGGAACGGGUGACAGAGGAGCUGAACAUCUCCGAGGACUCCACAGCGGAGGAGAGAACGAGUUCACGGGCGAACGACGGCGGCGCAACGAAAACAGAAGCAACAUCUGCGAGGAACAGCAGCAGCGGGAUUUUGUUAGAGCCGAGUCCUCGCAGGAACCCUCUGCUCAUCGUCCACGCUCAGGAGGACCUCACUGAGGGACUGAGUGCACGAGUCACCUGAGAGACGCUUUUUGAACUGAUGGCUUGUUGUAAGAAACGUUUUUUUUAAUGAUUUCAUUUCUGAUCUUUAGAGCUCGUUUAGAGGACCUUAAUAUCUAUAAAGAAUAGUUUCCUCUGAGUUUAUGAGCUCAUUAAAAUCCUUUUUUUCAUAAUGAUUUUUUAAUGAGCAAGUGUAUGCUUUGAGGUCUCAUUUCAUUAAAGGAAUUAGAGGCAGUCUUCUUUUUCUUCUGCUAUAUGUAAAUCCGCAACCGGUGAGUUAAUUGAAAGAAAAGGGCAUUUAUUUUGGUAAUAGAUUGUUCUUUCAAGUAUUUGAUCACAUUGAAAAAGGAAGUAAAAGCUGUUUUCAGCCUCUUAGAUAUGGAGGUUUCCUGCUUUUCUGUUUUAUAUCAUAAUAAAGGGAAUACAUUUGAGUUUUGGACUGACAAAACAAGACAUUUGAAGAUCUCCUCUUGCAAUGGACAUUUUUCACUAUUUUCUGAUAUUCUACACAUCAAACAAAAAAUCUAUAAUAGCAAGUUGCAACCCUAGCCUUGAGUUAUGUAACACUCUUGCUACUGCUGCCCUAUGUCUAUGCUACAUGCUGUACAAAUGGAUUUAGUCUUGCAUACUGUGUUUUUCUAAAUGUAAUUAUGUAAACUAAUUCAACAGAGUUUGUGAACUAGACCUCUGCUACAAGUGUAAAACUUCUGCUACGAAUGUACAUUUCCAUACUCAUAUCAACAAAUGCAGUCUAUCUAUAUUUGCCUCCAAUAAACCAAACAAAUAUCA